AUGUCGGAGGAUCUUUUUAAAGAGACCUUGGCUAGCCUGUCCAAGAAGGGUGAUGGGCACAUCAAGUGCGCCAAGCUCGACCUCAAUGAUCAUCAGCUGGAGCUGCUGAUUACCGCACUGGAGCAUUCCCCUACUGAUGUCAAAACGGUUGAUGUAUCUAACAACAGCAUUACAUCCUCUAGCGUGGCAUGUCUGAUGCGCUUCCUAGAGACUGCACUGGUGCAAUCACUGGACCUUCACAACAAUCAGAUCGACGAAGAUGGUGCUCUCCAAUUUCUCUCGCUCUUUGAGAAAGAGACAUCAAUCAAACUUCUUGACCUGCGAAACAACGCUUGCAGUGUUGCAACGGCAGCACGUCUCUACUAUCUGAGUAAACGCGAGAAAUAUCCUCUUGCUGUGCGCUCCACACUACUUUCCGGGAAAGCCUCACAAAUUUCGUUCUCUGGAAUGUCCUAUGGCGACCUGGAGAAAGAGUUAUUGCAGUACCUGCUCCAACUCGAGGGCCUCGAAGCCGUGGAUUUCAGCGGUCUUGACCUCGGCCCUGGCGGUAUGUUUGUGGUCGGUACCUUUCUGAAAGACACGCAAGUCUCCAGUCUCUCGUUCCGGGAAUGCUCUUUGACAAACGACGCCGUGCUGAAAUUUGUCGAAGCUGCCGACCUCGCCCAUCACCGCUCUCUGAGAAGCUUUGAUUUCUCCUCAAACAUGGGGCUCACAAAUGACCUGGUACGGAAGCUUAUUUCAAGCAUGUUUGAUCACAACAGCUGCAUCACCAGUUUUGUACUCACUGCCACCUCAAUCACACCAGCCUAUUGCGGUGUGGUUCAGAAGGAGUGUGCGGUGAACCAAGAACACCCCGCCAUCAAGCGCGCUGUUGUCGCUCUCCGCAACAAUUCCUCGGCUGCGCAAGAGAUCAACCUUCAGUGGGACGCGCCCUUGCCCACGUGUAUGUAUCACCUUGCUGAUUUCAUUGCCGCCAGCUCAGUUAUUCAGCAUCUGAACAUCAGUAACACUUUGGUCGAUGACGCUGGACUGAAAUUGCUGUCUGAUGCCCUUCAGAAGAACUCAACCUUAAAGGUGAUUGAAUUGGCAAACUGUCACGUGACAGCUGCAGGUAUACAAACGCUCUUUGUGGUGCUGGCGAAAGGCAAGUGCGCCGUGGAGGAGGUCAAUAUUGCGAACAACAGUCUUGACGAUGACAGUGUUCAGUUCAUCACAGCCGCGCUUCGUGCUAAUCCGAAGUUGACAACUCUGAACGUGGAUGUAAACCCCGCCAUUUCUGCUGCAUCCAUGCAGGAAAUUGCUGGGCUCACCAUGGUGAAUCGUGCCCCGCCGCGAAUCCGCUCGGUAUUGCCUUCGAUCGAGAACAACUGCAAGGAUGUGGUAUCCGUUGAUUUUUCAGGUAACGAUGUCACUCUCAACGACGACUCAGUGUGGGUUCUUGCACAGGCGCUUCGGCUUAAUUCGACGGUACGGCGACUGAAUCUGUCGCACAACUCGUUUGGCGAUAUGGGAGCUUCGUACCUUGCCGACUACAUUGCCAGCAACAGCACCAUGUUAGAACUCAACCUCUCCAGCUGUACGAUUGGAAACCGCGGUGCCCACAGGCUUUGCGAGGCACUUGCGACGAAUCAAACGCUACAGUUGCUGGAUUUGUCGAACAACAUGAUGGAUGGAGAUGGUCUUAGUGCGCUUCUACGCGUGCUACGUGAGAACAAUACAUUGCGCGAGCUCAAGCUCGAGCGCACCCGUGUCCCCGCUGAGUUUGUCGAGCGAGUGAAGAUCGCGUGCUCUCUUAAUCGUGAGUGCGCUGCAGUGAAGAGGGUUUGCUACCGCCUACAUGAUGAGGAUGUGUCGCUCAAAAAAAUUGAGCUGUCCAACCCUGAUGACGAGCGUGUGAUUGACGACCUAAGUGUCAGUACUAUCUGCACUGCUUUGAACAACAACACGUUUGUGGAAGUCAUCGACCUGAGCGGAAACCACAUCGGCGAAAACGGUUGUGCCGCGCUGGCUGCAAUGUUAUCCCAACGCACGUGCAAGGUGCGAACGAUUAAUUUAUCAAAAAACCCAAUCGAUGAUGAUGCCGUGGCGAAAUUGGUGGAUGGCUUUCCGAACACCAAGACGCUCCGUGAGGUUCUGUUGUAUAACACCAACAUUACCGAUCUCGGCAUCGAAAUCCUCGCUAAGGGCCUCGAAAAAAACCAGAGUAUUGUGUGGAUUGGUGUUGCUGAUGACGACGCAGUCAGCAAGCAGGUGUCACUUUUGAAGCGAAACCUCGCCUUGAACACCGGCCCGACUGAGCUGAAGCAUAUUAUCCUUUCUAUCGAUGCUGGCGCGGUUCUGGAGGACGUUGACAUGAGUCGCCCUAUUGACUGCUCACUCGAUGACUCGAUGUGCCAAUUCUUGUGUGCGAGUUUGGUGGGCUCUCGAAUGCUGCGGUCUCUGAAGCUGUCGCACAACACCCUUUCGUCAGCUUGUGUUCCGUACAUUGUGGAGGUGGUGGAACUAUGCCCUUCGCUGGUUUCCUUGGAUUUAUCGGACAACCAGAUCGAUGAGUCUGGGGCACAGCAGAUUAUCGCCUGUUUGGAGCGUGUUUCUCACCUGCGCAGUGUGGAUGUCACCAAUAACUUAUUCUCCCCUCAAAGUUUGGAGCGUGUUUCGCACCUGGUUUCGCUGAACUUGGGGUCUGAAGUACUCAAAAAAUUGCACUUGGCAACCGCCCGCGGUGAAGCGCUGCCCAAAGACAUUGACCUCAACGGCGUCACAAACUCAUACAAACUGACGGAUGAAGAUGUGGUUAUUCUUGCCGGAAUUUUGCAGGACUGCAGCGUUGUAAAGUCGCUGGAUCUUAGCAGCAACAAUUUCUCUGAUGCGGGCUGCAUUGCAAUUGCCGAGGUACUGCGUGUAAAUCAUGCACUCGAGGCGCUAAACCUUACAGGUAAUGCAAUUGGUGCGAACGGCGGUGCGGCACUGUAUUUUGCCCUCAAGGUUAAUCCGCAGCUUCAGCACAUCUGGUUGGAAAACACGGCUAUCCCUCGCGAAAUAUUGGAGGAUAUUGCGAGCCUGCUGCACGUUAAUCAAACGCCUUAUCGUGCAGUGAUCGACAUGCGUGACGUGAAGCUCGAUGAGGUGAGCGAUGAGACUCAGUUUCGCUCUACCGACUACUACGUGGCUCAGACAAUCAGCCUUAAGAACGAGUCCAUUGAGGGCUGCAUGCGGGCGGAGGUGCAGCCGAUCAAGUAG